CAAACCAAUAAGGUUUCACCAAUAAUUGACUGAUAUCAUUCUUAUCGUCUUCAAAUUCGACCCCCAUACAGAGAACUUUAACCAUCCAUCCAUCCAUCAAUGGCGGAUCAAUGGAAAGCUCACUGUCUUCUAGUGGCCUAUCCUGCACAAGGCCAUAUCAACCCAAUGCUUCAAUUCUGUAAGCGUUUGGAGUUCCAUAAAGUGAAGGCCACGCUUGUUACCACUCGUUCUUUUUGGAGAACAGUUGCCACUGAACUCCCUUCUGAUUCCAAUAUUUCUAUUGAAACCAUAUCGGAUGGUUAUGAUGAAGGAGUGGAAGAAGAAGCACGUAAAAAUUCAAAGAUUUAUCUUCAACGCUUCUGGCAAGUGGGAUUUCAAUCUCUAUCUGAGCUAAUUGAGAAGCUUUCUGGAAAAGGCUGUCCUGUUGAUUGUGUUAUUUAUGACAGUUUCUUGCACUGGGCUGUCGAUGUGGCCAAGAAAUUUGGACUUGUUGGUGCUGCGUUUUUUACUCAAACUUGUGCUGUCAAUUGCAUAUACUUUCAUCUUCAUCAAGGGAUUCUGAAACUGCCCAUUACGGAGAGCAAAAUUUUGUUUCCUGGUGUAACUGAGCUUGAACCUUCGGAUUUGCCAACGUUUCUGUAUCUUCAAUACGGGAUGCACCCUCACUAUUGGGACUUGCUGGUUGAUCCUUUUAACAACAUUGGAAAAGCUGAUUGGGUGCUUUCAAACUCUGUUUAUGAACUGGAGCCUGAGGUAGUUGAUUGGAUGAAGAAGAUGUGGCCAGUGAGGACAAUUGGACCAACGGUGCCAUCCAUGUUCUUAGACAAGAGGAUCCCUAAUGAUAAUGACUAUGGCAUAAGUAUGUUCAAACCCAGCAAUGAUCUUUGCAUGAACUGGCUUAAAGAUAAGCCUAAAGCAUCUAUUGUUUAUGUCUCCUUCGGAAGUUUAGCAUCUUACAGUGACGAGCAAAUGCAGGAGCUAGCUUGGGGUUUGAUAGAUGCCAACUCUUAUUUCUUAUGGGUGGUUAGGGAAUCUGAAGAGGCUAAGCUCCCAGGAAACAUUCUAGAAACUUUGUCAAAAAAGGGUUUGAUAGUGAGAUGGUGUCCCCAACUAAAAGUACUGGCACAUGAGGCUGUGGGAUGUUUUAUUACUCAUUGUGGGUGGAAUUCCACUUUAGAAGCUCUUAGCUUGGGAGUUCCUAUGAUUGGGGUUCCAUACUGGAGUGACCAAACUACUAAUUUGAAGCAUAUUGUGGAUGUUUGGAAAGUGGGUCUUAGAGCUCCAGUGGAUGAAAAAGGAAUUCUUAAACGAGAAACAGUGAAACAUUGCAUCAAGGAAGUUAUGGAAAGUGAAAAAGGGAAAGAGAUGAAGAAUAGAGCCAUCAAAUGGAUGAAUUUAAUCAAGAAUUCUGUUGAUGAAGGAGGAAGUUCUGAUAAAAAUAUUGCAGAGUUUGUGGCUAGGAUUUCUCAGCAGUAAGCUUCAUGAUCUUCAGUUAUAUGAAUAAAACUGUCAACAGAACAUUUUGUGUCUGUUAGAAUUUGUAGGAAAUAAUGUAGUCACAACUCUCCAACACACUUCAAUUGUCACCUCAAUAACUAUUUGGUUGCGAAUCUCUGUUGUUGAAAUCUUUUAGUGGCAAUACAAAUGGGCUCUACUGAAACAGAGAUGUUCAGUAAUGACCGAAAAUUGCAAUUUUCUGUUA